CAAACGCGUCAUAGAACAUGUCGUCCUUGUUACUGCAGCUCUGUGUGGCGUCAGUUAGAAAACGACUGUGCUGUACUAGGCUCGGAGGUCGUCCUGAAAGGCAUCAUCACCACCAAACCAAAACAACGGAGCGGGAUCAGUGCGGAAUUACGUUCAGAUUUGCGAUAAGAGGCGCUUGAUAAGAGAUGUUAAAAAGCGCGAUAGAAACGUGGGUAGCGUCCAAAGAAACGGUUUCCCCACAGCCGAAAGAAGAGGGAAGAAGUCCGCUCAACAUCUGUUCACUGACCUCCUGCAUUUCUUCCUGUUGACACUGUGCUAUGGGUCAGAGGUUCUCGUUUUGGCUGCACGGUAGGGCAGAGGAUAUGCCAUCAUCGACUCCUUCAUGGCUUUCAUUAAUGGCCGUCCCAACACCAGCUCGGCUUGCAGUCCUCCUCAGUUCUUCCCCCGAAGCCCCAGGGCAUCUCCUCUCAAAAUGGAGCCCAGUGCACCACUCACCCCACCUUUUCCUGUCAGCCUGCAAAGAGGAGGUCACACGGACCCCUGUUGCACAAAGCAGUGAUGGGGCAAGAGCUGAGACGGGCGUGAAUAGUGGACUUCAUAUUUGGGAGGUGCUGUGGUCCCCCAAACAGAGAGGAAGCCAUGCUGUAAUUGGAAUUGCUACGAAAAACUGUCCAUUGCAAGCGUCUGGGUACAAUGUGCUAGUGGGGGGAGACCCGCAGUCUUGGGGAUGGGAGUUAAAAACAAAUCACCUUUGGCAUGAUGGAAAAAGUAGAGAAUUUUACACAGGAAAUUGGCAACUAACUACUACAGACCUCUCAUUUGACAUCCCAGAUAAAGUGCUCUUAGUGUUAGAUGCAGAUGCUGGCACAUUGGGGUUUAUUGUGAAUGGGAGCUUCCUUGGGACAGCUUUUGAAGGCCUACCUCAUGGCAAGGACUUGUUCCCCGCUGUCAGCAGUGUAAGAGGAGGGGCCACCAUACGACUACGUUACCUCAAUGGUACAAGAAGAGAACCACCAACACUGAUGGCAUUGUGUCGUCUGUCUAUCUGCAAGAAUCUGAAAGAGGAACAAACUGACAAACUGCCUUUGCCAUCAUGUCUCCAACACUACCUGAGUUCAAGUCUGCUGUAA